AUGUCGCAGGGUCCUGGAGUACAUCUGGGACGUGGGUUCAGAGGUCGUGGUCGAGGAGGUCGGAUGAGUCGAGGUGGCAUGCGUGGUGGACGAGGGAUGAUAAAAGGCUUUGGUCCACCUGGACAUGGGAGGGGUCGAGGGAAGGAUGGAUCCAUGAAUGGAUUUGGACCGAUGAGAGGAAUGGGGAGGAUGCGACCUUACCCAGACAUGAGAAAUCAUCGAGGUAGAGGUGGACACAUGGGCAUGGGCCCUCCUCCACCUCCACCCAUGCAUCUAAGAGGUCCCUUCCCACCCAUGCCCAGACCCCCUCCACCACCUCCUCUGGGUCAUCCCGGUUUCAGAGGGCAUCCACCACAUCUGCGUGGCCGUGGAAUGCCGCCCCCUGGGCCUCCACGCCACUUCCACCCCCGAGGUCCAAGAGGCUACCACAAUGGACCGGUCUCUCCUCCGCCUCACUUCCUACCUGGCAGAGGCCAGAGGUGGCCAGGGCCGCCUGGUGGCCGCCGCUUUUAACACAGCCUGCCCUAAAAACAAUAACCGAGCACUUGUUAAUACAGACGGGGCCUAAAGAGGUGCAGUAAAUGAAACGCCCCUGAACUGUGUGUUACACAAAGUCUCUGAGUAUCUUUAUGACAUACUCUGUAGCCAAAUGUCUGGAUAUUGAUAUUUCUUACUGGCAAAUGAAUAAUGUGAAAAUUACAACCGAGGACACACAAAAUGCCUCACACCUUAACAAUGUAAAGGCAUUCUCACGCUCUGUUACCUAUGUCGUUAAAAGGAAUACUGUUGAUAAUGAAGGGACUAGUUGACAUUGUUGAGAAAAAGCUGU